AUGACGAACUUUAUCGCAAAGAAAGCCCUCCUGCUGCUCUCCCUGCUCCUGCUGGGCACCGUUCAGGCUCAACCUUUGGAGGAGCACCACGGCCGUGAGCAGCGCCAGCUGAAGGCAGGCCCAGGAGCCGCCACCGAUGCGGACGUGAAGAUGGUGGCCAAUGUUACGCCAGCAGCAGUUAACUCCAUGCAGAUGGGUAUGCCGAUGAAUCAGAUGGCCCUGAAUGCUGUCGGCGCCCAGUUGGUGCGGUACCCCAACUAUCCGGGACUGAUGUACGCCCAGGGCAUCGCUCAGGGAGCUCUGAAUGGAUUGAAUGGCCUGCAGACGAACAUAGCCAACAAUUAUCCCGCCUAUCCAGACCAGAAUCUGGUUGGAGCAGCUCCUGGCUUUGCUCCCGGAUUCGGCGCAACUCCUGGCUUCGGCUUUGGCAGCUAUCCGGGCGCCUCAAGCCCUUCCGCUCUCAUGUACGGCAAUUCCAUGGCGUAUCCCAAUCCCCAGCUGCCCAACGGAUUUGCGCCACAGCCAUCGGUGGACAACUUCGCGGCUCUAAACAACAUCGUGAACAUGGCCAAUGUACAGGGACUGGGGGGAUCUACCCAAGGAUUCUAUCAGAAUCCCCAGCUGCCAGGACUCUAUGCACCCGCCGGAGGCUACAUGGAUCGCAUGAGCAUGCAGGGAUAUGCACCCGCCUUCUAA